AUGGUCUGGCGGAUACGACACUACGGGACGUUUUCGCUGGCGAAAUCCGUCGCCAAGGCGGUCCAACCGUCUUCACCGGUCAGGACGAGGUUCGCGCCCUCUCCCACCGGGUACUUGCAUCUGGGAUCGCUACGAACCGCGCUUUACAACUAUUUGUUGGCCAGAUCCACCGGAGGAUCAUUCCUGUUACGUUUGGAAGAUACUGACCAGAAAAGGCUUGUUCCGGAUGCUGAAGAACGGAUCUACAGGGACCUUCAUUGGCUAGGACUAGACCACGACGAAGGUCCUGUUGUUGGCGGGGAAUUUGGGCCAUACAGACAGAGCGAAAGAGGAGCUAUAUAUGAGAAAUACAUCCAGAUUCUUUUGGAAAAAGGACUGGCUUAUAGAUGCUAUUGCUCCAAAGAAAGACUAGAUGGACUCCGUGAAAGUGCACGACUGUUGAAGCCACCAACCACGGUGUCUUAUGACCGUCAUUGCUCCUCUAAUGAACCCGAAAUUGGAUCUCAACACACACAUAAUUCAGAUUUCACUGUUCGUUUUAAAUCGCCGGCAAAAUACCCCAAAUUUACAGAUUUGCUCCACGGAAGACUGGAUCUGCAACCCCAGAUCAACGCAGGAGAUGUGCGGUACGACGACUUUGUGCUGAUGAAAUCCGACGGAUUGCCUACUUACCACUUUGCUAACGUUGUGGAUGAUCACCUGAUGGGAAUUACACACGUCAUUCGCGGCGAGGAAUGGUUGCCGUCUACGCCAAAGCACUUGGCUCUCUACGAUGCAUUUGGCUGGGAAGCGCCUCAUUUCGUCCACAUUCCCCUUUUGACCUCUUCGAAAGACAAAAAGCUUAGUAAAAGGUCCGGUGACAUCGACGUGGCGAAAUUGCGCGCCCAGGGCUACGUCCGUGAGUCCCUGAUCAACUUCAGUGCACUGUAUGGAUGGUCUCCCAAACGGACCCCUAACGAGCAGACUAAAGAGGUUUACUCUCUCAGCCAGCUAGAACAACUAUUUAGUCUUGAUGGACUCACCAAGGGCAAUGCCAAGGUAGAUUUCGGCAAAUUGAACCAUUUCAACAAGCACUAUUUGGAGUUGAAACUGAAGGAUCCACAGUUCGUCGAAGAAACGGUCAAACAAAUAGCCGAAAGGACUUCCACUAGUCUCGAAGAAGCUCACAGAAUUUUGAAGUUGACUGGCUCGUAUCUCACCAAACUUGAGGACCUUUUCCAGGAACAUGAUUACCUGUUUGGGUCAAUCAGCACGUCCCUUUCGCAAGAGCAAAUUGAGAUAGUCCAAGCCUUCUUGAAGAAAUAUCCCGAGGAAAAUUUGGAGAACGCCAUGGAGAUCGUUUCUUCAUCAUAUUCUCGUCAAAAGGUGUUCAAGGCCAUUCGAAUGGGCCUCUCAGGCAAGACCCAUGGAAUCAAACUGCCCAGUCUGUUCGAGUAUUUUGGGCCAAAAGAAGUUGCAGAUAGAUUACGACUAGCGUGUAAAUAG